AUGUCCACCAUCACCCCCUUCAGCUUCGCUGCCCUUACCCCGGUCCACCAUAUCAUCCUCGACGAACUCGUCGUCUCCGACCCGCUCUCCGUCCUCACCCUCAGCCGUCUAUGCUACAAACGCGCCAUCCCCGGAUAUGAGAGGACACGGGAUGCUCUCGCAAGCACGAAGACCCUGAGCAUAGGUGGCUCUACGAGUAUCGAUACCCUCUUCGAACUCGGUGGCCGAGAGUACACAAGGGUUUGUCACUCUUGUGCCGAAAACCCUCCUGCUUGUUCGUCAUAUAACGAGUAUAUCUCAACGAUUUACCCUCGCCACUAUUUCGUUCUAUUUAGCUCUCUCAAACGCGUCGAAAUCGGCUUCUCUGCCCUGCAGGCAUCACGUACCUAUCACCUCAACGCAGAUCGGCCUGACUUCGAAGAUGACCUUGUGGCUCGGAUUGCUUUUCAGACGCCAGCAGAUCUGAAGGAGACCAUCUUUCACUUGGACGAAGAUGGAGUCGAAUACUGGCACCAGGUCAACACGCAUCUCCUCCAUCUAAUCCCUCGAGAAGCAGUCAUCUUGCUUCAAGGCGAGGUCCCCAACAGAGAGGAGCUCAUGGCGUCUUGCGAUGGGACGAGGGUGGGAAGAGCGAGCUUCGGACGGAUCGGCGAGGAACUGGAUAUUGCAUGGCCCAACGGCGAGCGUCUCCGCGUCUUCGUGUAA